CAAAUUUUAGCGAGCUAAACAAAUCAAAUUUUAUUUUAAACUUACAUUAAUAAUAUCUACUUAACAAGAUAUAACGUUAAAUCAUAAAAAAAAUAUUUGCAAAGCAUACCAACGUCAUUUGUAGAUGAUUAUAUUUCAUGAAAGGCAUUGCAUAUGUGCAUUAAGUACCUAUCUAUUGUUAUCUCCAUAAAAGUAUUGAUAACAUAACCGAACUGCGGUACUAUCAAAAGUUCAUUGUUUUCUGUGAGUUCCGCUUCGAGCACGCAGUGGCAUUUGCAUUAAAAGCACUGUGUUGGGUGCCUUAUUCUGUAUUCAGAUAAGCGAUUGUUAUUCGCGGGUAAUUUGGAAAUAUAUAUCUUGUGAAACACUAAUGGAAUCCAAACAAAUGGAUGUACUGUCAGUGUUAUUACAUUUCAUUUUUCCAAUCAAAAUGUUACUACGACUCUAUUCAUUUUGCAUUUUGAUGGUGGAUGUUGCUUGGGUUGUGUUCAAUGCAAUAUGCGCAACAUUUCAAGCUGCAUAUGAAUUGUUCAGACCGCCACCAUUGAAAACUGUCAGAUUGGAAACUGCUAUGGUCAUUGGCUCCGGAAGAGGUGUUGGACGACAAAUAGCUAUGCAACUUGCAGAUCUAGGGGCAAUAGUACUGUGUAUUGACAUCAAUCAUCAGAAUAAUGAAGAUACUGUGGAACACAUCAAACUUAGAGGUGGAUCAGCAGCCAGUUACAUUUGUGAUGUUACAAGAAGAGAGAAAAUAGAAGAAUUAGCAGCACAAAUUAAGAAAGAUGUUGGUUUUGUCAGCAUGUUGUUCUAUUGCUGUGGUAUACCCAGCCCUAGGUCUUUAAUGACACAACCACCUCAAGAUAUACACAAAACACUGGAUUUGACAUUGACAUCAUAUUUCUGGCUCAUAGACAACUUCUUACCAGAAAUGAAAACCAGAGACCACGGGCACAUUGUGGCUUUGACUUCUGUAGCUGGUCUCAGCUACAUAAAAGAUAAGAUGCCGCUCAGUGUUGCUCAGUUUGCAGUGCAGGGGUUAGCGGAGUCGCUGAUGGAGGAUCUCAGAAUAAAUAAGAUUGAUAAUGUGCAUGUGACAUUGAUUCACAUAUAUCCUUUCAUCGUGAAUGAUGAGUAUCACGAUGUGAAAUUAAGGAUACCCAGCUAUUUCGGGACUAUAUCACCUGUAGAAGCAGCAUCAUCGAUCCUGGACAGCGUCAGGAGGAACUACCCCGAAGCAUCAGUCCCAAAGCAUUUGUUAUGUCUUGGUCAUUUGUUACGUAUUCUACCGCGUCGAGCAACAGUACUAAUAAGGGACUUACUCGACACAGGUGUUGAUUUUGCUUGAUGUUACUAAUUGAUAACUUUUGCAACUCACUUGAGUUCGGUGUGACUUGUUCACAGUAUGGCAUAACGUGAAAAAUAAUUAUUUACUAAUGUAAGAUAUUAAAGAAAGUUUUCUCCCGUUGAAAAGGUGCUUUCAAAAUUAAUGAGUUUUUUAAUAUAUAUAUUUUCUUUUAAUUAGAUUCAAAAAAUAUACAUUUAAGGGAUUAUCUUAUUUAUUUCAGUAAGACUAUUGAGCGAAUUAAACUCAAACAAUUUCAACAUCUCUUUUUUUAUUUAUUUUGGUCUUAAUUAAAAAUAUGUUUAUAAAUAGUAAAGAAGUACAUUUUUUUUAUGUUAAAAAAGAAGUUUGUUCCCUACAAAUUUCAUUUAAAAGUACUAAUGUUGUUAAAUCCUGAGUGAAGAAGGGUGUUGAUAAGACUGAGAUUGUUGUUUAUUUUUAGAUAGAAUGAAUUAUAAAAAAAAGAUUGAUAAGAAAAUUAUGGAAAUAAAGGAAGCCUGAGGAUUGAUAU